CACGAGGCCGCCCGCCGGAACAACGUCGGGAGGAUGAAGGAGCUGAUCGGGAGGAGAGUCAAUGUCAGGGCCAGAAACCACGAAGGCAGGGUGGCCCUGCACUGGGCCGCGGGCGCAGGGCACGAGCAAGCUGUGCGGCUGCUGCUGGAACAUGGAGCUGCUGUCAACGAUGAGGAUGUGGUAGGACCCCUCGUGGAGGCACGUGUGUGUUUUGGGAUGAAUGCGCUUCUCCUGUCUGCAUGGUUUGGCCACUUACGGAUCCUCCAGAUCCUGGUCAACUCUGGGGCCAAGAUCCACUGUGAGAACAAGGACGGCCUGACCUUGCUGCACUGCGCAGCCCAAAAAGGGCACGUGCUCGUGCUAGCAUUCAUAAUGGAGGACCUGGAGGACGUGACCCUGGACCACGCUGACAAGCUAGGAAGGACGGCGUUUCACCGGGCUGCUGAGCAUGGGCAGCUGGAUGCUCUGGACUUCCUUGUGGGCUCUGGCUGUGACCACGGUGUCAAAGACAAGGAGGGGAACACAGCCCUUCACCUGGCUGCCGGCCGGGGACACCUGGCUGUGUUGCAGCGACUCGUGGACAUCAGGCUGGACCUGGAGGAGCAGAAUGUGGAAGGUCUGACUGCCCUGCACGCUGCUGUUGAAGGGAUCCACCCCGACUGUGUGCAGCUCCUCCUCAGGGCUGGGAGCAGCGUGAACGCCCUCACCCAGAAAAAGCAGAGCUGCCUCCACUAUGCAGCCCUUGGUGGCUCUGAGGACGUCGCCCAGGCUCUCAUCCACGCAGGAGGCUGCACCAACGUGGCUGAUCAUCAGGGCGCCUCUCCUAUGCACCUCGCUGUGAGACACAAUUUUCCUGGCCUGGUGCAGCUUCUCAUUGAUGCCGGCAGUGACCUGGAUGCCACCGACAAUAGGCAGCAGACACCCCUCCACCUUGCCGCUGAGCACGCCUGGCAGGACAUAGCAGAAAUGCUCCUCAUCGCUGGGGUCAACUUACACCUGAGAGAUAAGCAAGGAAAAACCGCCCUGGCAGUGGCCGCCCGCAGCAACCACAUCAGCCUGGUGGACAUGAUCAUAAAAGCUGAUCGUUUCUACAGAUGGGAGAAGGACCACCUCUCAUGCAGGGACCCCAGUGACCCCUCUGGGAAGAGCUUGACCUUUAAGCAGGACCAUCGGCAGGAAACACAGCAGCUCCGCUCGGUGCUGUGGCGACUGGCCUCCAGGUACCUGCGGCCCCAUGAGUGGAAGAAGCUCGCAUAUUGCUGGGAGUUCACCGAGGCCCACAUCCAUGCCAUCGAGCAACAGUGGACAGGCACCAAGAGCUACCGGGAGCACAGCCACCGGAUGCUGCUCAUCUGGCUGCAUGGCAUGACCACGGCCAGCGAGAACCCCAGCAAAGUGCUGUUCGAGGGCCUCGUGGCCAUUGGCAGGAGGGACCUAGCUGAAAGCAUCAGGAAGAAAGCAAAUGCAGACCCCAGUGCCCCCAGGAGGUGUACAGCCAUGUAACUGGAGGGGCCAGACCUUCAGGCGCAUGGGACCUCAGAAUGGACAGAAUGGCCAGACCUCAGACUGAACAAAAGAGGACCACCAUUUAAGGGCUUUUUAAAAAUCAUCGUUAACAGACCUCCAGCUGCUUCUACUCAAAUGCAGUCAUGCAGGACCAGCAGGCAAAUGUUUGUCAUCUUUUUCACAAGGAUUGCU